UGGCCGUCUCCCUGCAGGCUCCCGAGCAUCUCAGGCCCAGGGAGGUCAGGUGGGGUCUCUGUGCCGGCUAUGGGACGAGUGUGGGGAGACGUGGCCCCAUUAUCACUGAGCCGCUGUCCCAGAGUUGAGACCAGCCCAGACGGACCUGCCUUGUUGCGUUCUUGUGUCCAUGACUCUGUGUCUCAGUUUCUCAUCUGUGACCUAGGAUGAUAGCAGUGAGCUUCUCCAAGAGCACGCCGUCCCGCUGGGGCCGCAACCGGCCCAUCAACGUGAACCAUUAUGCCAACAAGAAGAGCGCAGCUGAGAGCAUGCUGGACAUCGCGCUGCUGAUGGCCAACGCCUCCCAGCUGAAGGCCGUCAUCGAGCAGGGUCCCGGCUUCGCCUUCUUCGUCCCCCUGGUGGUCCUCAUCUCCAUCUCCCUCGUGCUCCAGAUCGGCGUGGGCGUGCUGCUUAUCUUCCUUGUCAGGUACGACCUCAACAACCCUGCCAAGCACGCCAAGCUGGACUUCCUCAACAACCUGGCCACGGGCCUGGUUUUCAUCAUUGUCGUGGUCAACAUCUUCAUCACGGCCUUCGGUGUCCAGAAGCCUGUGAUGGACGUGGCUCCCCGGCAGUAGGGGUUCAGAUGCCCCCGGAUCGCACCCAGCCACAGCCACCCAGAUCCCGGAGCCACCUCCCCUGUGAGGCCCUCCUUAUGGGGGGCACUCCCAGCAACCACAAGAGCCCAGGCAGGCUCCACUAGACUGUGUCCUGGGACGAGCCGCCUGUGGCUAGGCCACCCCAGACCCUGCUCCGUCCUCGGCUGCCCCUCCCGCUGGAGCGUGGCCCAGGAGACAGAAGUGGAGAAGGGUCGUGGCUGCCACAGACACGCAGCAGCCCAAGAAUGGGAGUGGGGGCUCCGGUCGGCCUUGGUCUCAGGACGUUUCUAGAAGGACAAGGAGACCCCUGCCUCUGCCAGCGCAACGGGCAUCUGGGCUUCGAGGCCCCAUGCUGGGGCCCCGGGGUAUCUGUGCUUCCUGACCCAGGACGUUGGACUGCUGCCCCCGCUGGCCACCGGCCCUGCACACGCCUUCCACCAGCAGUGACGGGACAGUGCCCCGCCCCUCCUCGGGGGCCUGAGCCCACACAUUUCUAAGCACCAACGACCAAUAAAGCUGACACACCUCC